GGGGGUCCUAGGGGCUGCCAUGCGGGGCCGAGCUGGGGAGCCGCCUGGGCCGCUGGCCUGGCCCGGACGGUGGCUGGGGCAGCCGGUUGCGAGGAUCCCGGUAACAGGCAGUUAAGGAAUAACCUGCCCGUACGGGAAGUUUCUCCUUGGUCCCUGCCAGUGGCUGGCUUGUGCCCGGAAGCGUGAAGGCAUCGGCCCCUCCUGCGCUGUUGUCCCGGGGCCGCUAGACCCGCGCUGUGCGGGGCUGGCUUGUUCCGACUCCCCAGAACUCCUGGGGUUGGGUGGGGGCAAAGUGAGCGACACCCGCUCUGCGUCCCCCUGUACCGACAAGCGGGCUGCAUAGCCCAGGUUGUGAAGCUGGCAGAGAAAGACUUUCGUGUCUUUGAAAAUGUGAAGUGAUUUUGUGUGUGUGUGGCUCGUUUCACAGGCUGUGCUCAAUACUGUGCGCUGUUUCUGGGUUGUGCCACACUGUCUUGUGAGCUCUACGGAUACAAACAGGAAAAAAAAGUCAUGAUGUGCCUUAUCUUUCGCCUGGAAAGGUGAAUAUCUCUUUCAGAUAGAGAUGGCUGACAAAACUGGAAAGAUCCUCCCAGGACCGCUGUACAUUGAAGUAGAGUAUGAUUAUGAGUAUGAGGCAAAGGAUAAAAAGAUUGUGAUAAAACAAGGGGAGAGAUACAUUUUAGUGAAAAAGACUAAUGAUGAUUGGUGGCAAGUCAAAAGGGAUGAAAAUUCCAAGCCCUUCUAUGUGCCAGCACAGUAUGUGAAAGAAGUAACACGAAAAGCACUAAUGCCACCUGUUAAACAAUCAGGUGGUCUGCCAAAUAGCUCUUUGAAACUGAUGCAUAGUUUACAGAAGUCGACAGAAAAUGUGAACAAGUCUCCAGAGCUUUCUAGUUUUGGAAAAUCCUCUCCAGUUCAAGUGUCUGGUCUAGUUCGUGAUGCCAAUCAGAAUCUGGGCCCAGAUAGUAGCCCAGGUCAAAAUCUUGGCCUGAGCCUGGACCUUGCCCAAAAUAAUGGAAAAAUUAACAGUGAGUUGCAGUCCCCAAAGGUUUCCAGCCAGUACAGGUCUCUGUGUCUGGGACAUCUCACUUGUCCAGAGCUCAUGGAAAUAGAGAAGACCAGCUUCUCACAUGAACAGUCCUGUGAUUCAGCAGGGGAAAGCUCAGAAAAAGUCCAUCAGGAUUCAGAAUCUGGAGACGAACUCAGUAGCAGCUCCACAGAACAAGUGCAGCCAACUACUCCACCAAGCCAAGGCAGGCCGGAUUCACCAGUUUAUGCUAAUUUACAAGAACUGAAAAUAUCUCAGUCUGCACUUCCACCUUUACCUACAAAUUCCCCAAUUCAGAUUAAUGGAGAAUGGGAAACCCAUAAAGAUACUACAGGACGUUGUUACUACUACAACAGAGGAACACAAGAAAGAACCUGGAAACCUCCUCGUUGGACCCGGGAUGCAAGCAUAAACAAAGGGGAUUCCCAGAGCCAAGCUGAUCAGGAGCUUCUUUCAUCUGAAGAAAACGACCACAGUUCUUGUUACAGCCAGUCAGAUAGUCAGUAUGGUUCUCCUCCAAAAGGUUGGUCAGAAGAAUUGGAUGAACAUGGUCAAACCUUAUAUACCAAUGACUAUACUAAUGAAAAGUGGAUAAAACAUGUAGAUGAACAAGGUAGACCAUAUUACUACAGUGCUGAUGGAUCACGAUCAGAAUGGGAACUGCCAAAGUAUAAUGCUUCACCACAGCAGCAAAGAGAAAUAAUUAAGAGUAGGAGUCUGGACAGGAGGCUACAAGAACCAAUAGUUUUAACAAAGUGGAGGCACAGCACGAUUGUGUUGGACACCAAUGAUAAGGAAUAUCCAGCUGCUUCAAAAUCCAACUGUCUGGAAAAUGAAUCCUCUCCUUCCUCGCCAAAGCACCAAGCCACAGGUCAAGAGAAGUAUGGAUUAUUAAACGUAACAAAAAUUACAGAAAAUGGGAAAAAAGUCCGAAAGAACUGGAUGUCGUCGUGGGCAGUAUUACAAGGUUCAUCGCUGUUAUUUACUAAAACCCAAGGAACUGGAACUAGUUGGAAGUUUGGGGUCAAUCAGUCUAAGCCAGAAUUCACAGUGGAUCUCAGAGGGGCAGUUAUUGACUGGGCAUCAAAGGACAAAUCCAGCAAAAAGAAUGUUGUUGAGCUGAAAACCCGCCAAGGAACUGAACUCUUAAUUCAAUCUGAUAAUGACGUUUUUAUUAAUGAGUGGUUUAAAGUUCUUGCUUACACUAUCAGUAAUCAGGCAGUGGAGUCUGAUGAAGCAUUCGAAGAUGAUGUACCAGAUUCCCCAGGGGUGGAAAAACAAGAUAAAGAGAAGGACCAUAAGGAUGCCAAGAAACUUCGUUCAAUGAAAAUAUCUAGCAGCAUAGAUUCUUCAGAACAGAAGAAGACAAAAACAAAGCUGAAGAAAUUUCUUACACGACGCCCUACGUUACAAGCUGUUCGAGAAAAAGGCUACAUUAAGGAUCAGGUAUUUGGUUCCAAUCUUACCAGCUUGUGUCAGAGAGAAAACAGCUCGGUGCCAAAGUUCGUGAAGCUGUGCAUUGAACAUGUCGAAGAACAUGGAUUGGAUGUUGACGGGUUAUACCGAGUUAGUGGCAAUCUUGCAGUUAUACAGAAGCUAAGAUUUGCAGUUAAUCACGAUGAGAAAUUGGACUUGAAUGACAGCAAAUGGGAAGAUAUACAUGUCAUCACAGGAGCUCUAAAAAUGUUUUUCAGAGAACUGCCAGAACCACUCUUCACAUAUAGUCAUUUCAAUGACUUUGUCAAUGCAAUUAAACAAGAACCAAGACAGCGUGUUCGUGCUGUCAAAGAUUUAAUUAAACAGUUGCCAAAGCCAAAUCAGGAUACCAUGCAGAUACUUUUUAGACACCUCAAGAGAGUUGUAGAAAAUGGAGAAAAGAACCGAAUGACUUAUCAAAGCAUAGCAAUAGUUUUUGGACCAACUCUGUUAAAACCAGAGAAAGAGACUGGUAACAUAGCAGUCCACACUGUGUACCAGAAUCAGAUUGUAGAAUUAAUUUUGCUGGAACUGAACUCCAUCUUUGGAUGUUGAAGUUUUCUCAGAGUUAAAACUGAAGUGAAUAGUUGGCAAUAGAUUUCCAUCAGGAGUCAGAUCUCUCAGUGUACAUGAUGUAUUGUGUUUGUGGACCAAGCGACAGCUCAAUUUUGCACUUUUCAGUAGGAUGAGAGGGAAGAAAUGGAAGGAGUGUUUGACUGAUUUAAUUGCUAUUCAUGCAAGUUAAUGAUAAAAUAUUGAAUUUCUUUAUAAUUCAUUUAUUACAUUGCGAAUAUUUCAAAGUUUGUACUCUGCCUGUUUUAAUAAUUACAAAUUGCAAUUCUAGUACGAGCAUAUACACUGGAUUUCUUGGUGAGAAGCUAAAAUUAAUCUCAGACUGGAUAAUCCGGAAUGGAUUUUUUUUUUAAAAGGUUCACCACUUGGUGGGGUGAGGAAGACCCUAUCAACUGGCUUCAAAAAUGUUUUUUGAUACUUGUAGUGACAAUAAAAUUUCAUCCUAUGCUUAUAUACUGAAACCUGUGUGGAUCCUGUCAGCAGGGAUUCUGCAUGUAGUGUGACUGUCUUUAAACUAGUGCUAACAGUGGCCAGUGUGGUUUACAGUAAUUCAUAUAAUCCCUCAUUUGAGGCUUUUUAAAAAAAAAAAAAAAAACAACUGUAUUACAUUGCAUCCUUGCUGGAUCUUCUAGUUGCUUGAUAGAGCCAGGACCCUAUUAUUUCAAACACUGAACUUGUAAGAAUAUCCAGCAGAGGAUUUGUUCUGUGACAUACUAGUUUUAUUUAAUACACACAUCCAUUUUUCAGGGUAUUUCUUGGGCUACAUUUUGUGCUAUACUGAAUUGCAGUUAACAAUUCUAAUUAAAUACUAUCAUUAUCUAAUGCUGUACUGAGUUCUUGCUAUGAUCCUGUGGUAGUGAACAUUUUUGGAUGUAAAUACAGGCUAAAGACUGAAUGACCUUUGGUUUAUGUACAUAAUUCAGUUGUUGUAUAGUCUCAAAGUACCUUCUAGUUGCACAUUUCUAAUCAUGGGUAGAUUAGCUACAGGUAGUGUAACACUUCCAGUGGAGGUUUGUUUCCUC